CUCGCCACCCCGCGCGCGCCCGGCUGCGCCCGACCCGGGGCCCGGAGUCCUACCUGCGCUGCUGCGGCCAGCUUCGGAGAGACCUGGGAACUCGCGCCGAGAGCCUGCGGGGGGCGAUGGGCCACUCCCGGGGCGCCCGCGGGGAGGUGGCGCGGUGAGCAUCCUCCGGCUUCGGAGCGGAGGUCCGUGCCUGCACCUGCGCGCGCCGGCUCCGAGUCCCGGACGCUGCGGCUCUCUCCGGUCUUCACAAGCUAAGAUAAUUUUUUGGAACUGCAGACAUUUUUGGCCCUCGCUACAAAUGGGAAUUUGGAGUUGCUCUGAAAUCCAUCCUGAAAUAAUUGUGCUUGACUGGAACCAAAUCUUAUGAAGUCACCAAGGAUGAGAGUCUCUGCUAAGUCAGUGUUGCUGUCACACUGGCUCCUUCUGGCCUAUGUGCUCAUGGUGUGCUGCAAGCUGAUGUCCGCCUCGAGCCAGCACCCCCGGGGCCACGCGGGUCACCACCAAAUCAAGCAAGGGACCUGUGAGGUGGUCGCUGUGCACAGGUGCUGUAACAAGAACCGCAUAGAAGAGCGAUCACAAACAGUCAAGUGCUCCUGCUUCCCAGGACAGGUUGCUGGCACAACUCGGGCUCAGCCUUCUUGUGUUGAAGCUUCCAUCGUGAUUCAGAAAUGGUGGUGUCACAUGAAUCCUUGCUUGGAAGGAGAGGAUUGCAAGGUGCUGCCAGAUUACUCAGGUUGGUCCUGUAGCAGUGGCAAUAAAGUCAAAACUACAAAGGUAACACGGUAGCAAAAAGAGUUGUGCUUGAUCCUGGAGGAGCGCCAGGAUGCAGAGGUCUCUUAUUUUGGAUUACUGUCCUGGCUGGUUUGUGGGAAAUCGUCUUGGAUUUCAGCAACAUCACAUUUGCCUAUGUGUGAGUUAAGGAGUGUCAUUUACUUAACUGUCUCAGCCCUCUCCGCUUCAUGAUUUUAUUACAUUGAAUUAUAGCCACGGGCUGCCAACAGUUCACAUCUGAUCUGGAUCCCAAGGACCAUACCUCCAAGAAACCCUGGAGGAACAAAGCAGAGACUUCAAAAUGGAUCUCCACUCCGGUCUUCCAUGUCUUUCUGCCUUCACAAAGGAAUGUGGACAGGUUCACAAGGUCCUUAUUCUGUUCCUCUUUUGAGCUUUUCCUUUAGACCUUGCAUUGAAGUGGUUUGAAGGGGGGGGGUCUCAGCACCAAAACAUUUUGGCAAAACUUAUUUGCAGAUGUAGAUUAAUGAACUCUAACUGGUGAAGAAAAUUUAUUUUAUAAAUAUUGAUGAAUAGACUUACUGGGGUUACUGUGUGUGUAUUUGUAUUUUUUGCUUUAGAGGAUUUAAAUGUUUGCAUUUUAAUGUUCUAUUAAUGUUCUAUCGUCAGGUUAGCAGAAAUAAAAUAACAUUUUAACUUCUUUGCACCUUUUUAUGGAGUGCUAAGGAAGUCUAUCUCAACUCCAAUAUUUUAUAAACCAAAGCUUGAUCAUGACAUAUUCACAAAAGAAAUAAAACCUGUUGGGAUUUUUAUGGCUUAGGUGUAGUUAUAAAGGUAAAUCAUUUAAAAUAUAAAACAGUCUCUGUUUAGAUCAAGGGUAAUUUCUGAGACCCAGUUUAUGUCAAUUAUAUUAAAAUAUUUUGUUAACUCUUAGAAAUGUUGUAUUUUUAGGGUGUAAAUGAUUUAUUCUUAGCUCUUUUCUCAUUUGUUAGUCAUUUCUUUAAAUGUAAGUAAAAUCUGAAUCAUUUUUUUUCUUGGUUUAAUGAUUUUGCAGCAGAUGUGUGUCCAUAUAGUCUCAGAUGCUGUCAUGCAGAAAUAUAUUACAGAUGAAAAGUGACUGACCCAGAUAUUAAAUGCAUAAUGUCAUUAAAACACAUACUACUGUAAUAUGGGAUAGAUUUUAUAUAUUAAGAAAUGCCAAAAACAUCUUUUCUGCACUGUUAAUUAUCCCUGUCCUUUCACAAUUAUUGGGAGGGGGGAAAAUAUUACUAUGACCUUUAUAGCAGUAACAAUCACAUCUACUUGAUUUUAGUUUUGCAAAAGGAAUGGAAAUAGGUGACACCCAUUUGUUGGCUUUGUUUGAAUUUGAUGGGAUGCUUACCAGAAUUAUUACUGUCCUAUUAGUAAGUAAAAAAUUCAUUCUGCUGAUGGUACAUAA